CUCUUGCACUCUCUGAUUAUAUGUUAUUCUCGCAAAAAUUAAACCUAUUUUUCUAUAACAUUGCCCAUCUCUCUCUCUCUCUCUCUCUCUCAGCACACCAUUAUUGAAGAAGGAUAGCAAGAUGGAAGGAAUCCAUUUCUCAUCCAAGAAAGAAGAAGAUCCCACCAUUAAUAUAGUUAAUAAUCACUCAAAUAUUAUUGCUUCUACUAGAUCCACUAGCCAGAAUAUUCUUGCAUUCUCCACUUAUCAAGCAAGUACCAGCGCAGUUUCUCCACAUCAUGAUGGAGAUUGUGGGGCUGGUCAUGAAGCGCUGUUGCAUAAAGAUAGUGGACGUGAAAGAUUGAAGAAGCAUAGAGAAGAGGUAGCAGGCAGGGUCAUGAUACCAGAUACAUGGGGUCAAGAGGAUUCGCUCAAGGAUUGGAUCGACUGUUCCGCCUUUGAUGAGUUGCUAGCCCCCAACGGAAUUUCAUCAGCUCGCGAAUCCCUUGUUGCUGAGGGACGUAAAGGAAGCUCUCCAAGACUGGGCAUAGCAAGUAGGUGUUGAUGAUCACGAUCAAUCAUAUUAUCUUUAAUUAAUAAACAGCCUCUUCCUUGAUUACCACCAGCUAGCUAGAUCAUAUAUAUAAGUAGCUAUGAUCUAGCCAGCACGUGUUGAUGAUCUUAUUAAUUAUUUCUUGAUCUUAUAAAUGAACUAAUUAAGGGACAUGAUAGAUUAAACUUUAAAGCAAGAACAUGAUUAGUGUGGCUUAAUAUCUAUGGCUAGGCGGAAGUGUGUUUAGCUAGCUGUUCAAGGAUAUAUGUAAAUCUAUCUCAAGUUUAGCAUUUGUAUUGGAGUGAGAAAA